UGUGUUAGUGUUAGUGUGUUUAAUAUACGUUGAAAUGACGGAUAUUUUUCAGGAAGUGUCAAUAAAUUAUAUACCUAGUCUUGUGGAAGUAUUUAAACAGUCAUUUGAAAACUACUAUCCAUUCUGCCAGUAUGUUGAAAUCAUGGGUGAAUACAACAAUGCGGGUGUAAAAAAUCCAAAACAGACUCUUUACAGAUAUGGAUCACUAAGAACCGGAGUCUAUUUAUUUGAGGCUCAUUUUGAUCUGGGAGACAUGUCGUAUACAAUAUUCCACAUAUUUACUGCAAACACGGAUAAUUCAGAUUUGGAAGAAGCUCUUUCCAAAACUGAGAGGAUUCCUUGGUUUUCCACCAGUUAUGUCUUUCAAGCAACAUUGAAGAGGUUUGCCCCAAUAAUUCGAAAAGUUGCAAAAUAUAAAGGAGUGAAUCUUAAUGGAGUUGAGGAAGAUUUGCUUUGGCUUCCUCUGCAUAAAAGUCUUCUAGUGAGUGAAGUGCCAGAAGACUUAGAGUUGAAGUUUUUAAACCCAAUCCAUGCAGAGUUGAUGGACAAACAAUGGAAGUUUAAGUUUGCUGGCUCUAAUAGAUACCUGGGGAUCCAGAUCGCAAAUAACUUUGGACUGGGCUUGUUCAGAAAACCUGAGGCAAAAAUGCUUUGUUCUGCAGUCACCUACAAUUCAGGAGGGAUUUUUUGCCUAUUCACAGACCCUGAAAGUAGAGGGAAAGGCUAUGGAGAGAUUAUUGUUCGAAGUUUGGCAAAAGAGUUGCACUCAAGACAGAAAGUACCUUUUGCCACAGUACAGAGAGAAAAUAUUCCAUCCCAAAGAGUAUUUGAGAAGAUUGGUUUUGAAGUUUUCAGUGUAAUGGAAUUUAUUUCCCCUCCAAAUUAUUACAAAGACUUUAAACCUGUAACUGUCAAAAGUUAAUGGCACGAAAAAUUAAAUAUAAUAUAGAAUAAAAAAUCUCUUUCCAAACAUACAUUUACAAAAGUAGCACUAGACUUCAUAAGUCUGUCAUCACUAUUCCAAAAGAUUCCAAAAAGCUUCCAUAGCUUGAGAGUGUUUUAUAAAGGAGACUGGUAUAUAAUAAGGUUGACAGCAAAAAUGUAGACCAUAAUCUAUAAAACCAAUGUAGUUUUUAGAUAUAAUUUGUAAGCAGGGCAUAUCAGCUUUACU